UUGGCGGUAUCACGCUGGUCAGCGGGCUUCUAGAGAUACGUUACCCGUACUGAUAGUAUUGAUUGUUUGAACUUAAAUAUAGAUGUUUAAACUUAAAUAUAGAUGAACAACAUGAACAAGUGUUAAGGUGAUCAAUCGAAAACGAUAACAGUCAUGAACUUUUGGUUAUAAAGUUUAAAGUUCCUUGUUCAGAGAAAUGAUGGGCGCAAGCUUGGAGAAUCCACUUACUGCAAUGUAAAGAAACGGUUUACGUGGACGAGAUCAGCAAGAUCAGGGCGAUAAAAGUACUUUUAUUGUUACCCUUGAGCGAAAGGAGCAAAACGGAAUAUGGAUAACGUCAAGAAACGUGUGGAUAUGUUUGAAAAACUGUCCCGAGAACAAAACAUUCCGAAUGAGGUCGUUAAACUUAAGACUAAAACAACAAACCGCCCCGGAAAAGCAGUUCAACGGCGUAUUUCGAUGUUUGAAAAUAUGUCUGACAAACAGAAUAUUCCAACUAACGGAUUGAAAUCACAACCAAAGUUUCAGAAUGAAGUUGAAAAGACAAACAAAUUCAUUGAAGAAUGUUUUGCCGACAAGACGAAGUGUCCGUUCGACGGUCGACUGAGACGACUUAACAAGACGGAAAUAGACCACAUAAUUGCAUUUUGCGAUGGUGUUCAAAUUCAGAAAGGGAGAUUUGCAGAUGAUUUGUGUGGGUCAGUCCACUUCAACUCAAAAAGUCUUCCAGGACUUAAUAUCCCUGUUGCAUUAAAAGACAUACAGACCAAGAAUGUCGACGCAAAAAACUCAAUGAAGAAUGAAGAAAUGGCAGCAAUUCUACGACAUUUCGCGGUUGUGCCAACUUUUGCAAAGUAUAAAAGUCCAGAUGAAAACAGAAUAUGUUUCUUGUCAGCAUUUAUGAUAAAUGGUGACUUGGAAGAAGUUUUAAAAGAUGAUAAUGUUCGUGCUAUACGUCGUGAAAGCAUUAUUCUUUCUCGGAAGCUCCGGACUAAAAUCAUGUUACAAAUUGCUCAAGGUAUUGCGUUUCUGCACUCGUCCACAGAAAACAAAAAGGGUCUGCUACAUCUUGAUAUAAAAUCGGCAAAUAUAUUCCUCGACUCAAAAUUCAACGCUCGGAUUGGAGACUUCGGAAAUGCACGCGAGGUGAAAAGUCUGAAAAACAAACAAAAACCUGAGUGUGACAGUUAUUAUGGAACACAUGGAUAUUUACCAGAAAAGAUAUCAACAAUCUCGAAGGAACUAGACUAUUUUGCCUUUGGUGUUACAAUGUUGGAGUUGCUAACUGGUGAAAACCCUUGCAGUGUUGAUUUCGGUCAAUACUGUCAAAUUCGAUUGGAACAGUGUCGUAAAAUAGAACAAAUUGUUGAGCAGCUACAGGAUACCUUGCAAAAGGGAGAUCGUCGCCAAAGCUUGUGCAGUACAAAAUGCAAAACACGAAUAAACAAUGUAACUGUUCAUAAAAUUGUAAAAUCUGCAAUUGCAACUCUAAACUGUUCCUGUGAUGAUGAUGAUAAUACGUGCAUUGAAAAGCAAUGUCGAAACAUGAUGUCAGAAACACAUGAAGAAAUCAUGACAAACAAUAUGUGUGAAAGUUGUUUGGAAUUUAAACACGGUAUAAAAACAAGCAUUUCCGAUCUUGAAAAACUCAAAGAAAAGUUAUUAUGUAGAAGCAGUCAUCCUGAAUGGCUUAGAGAUCUUAAGGAUAAUGAAGAACUCUGCAAAUGUUUUCAUGGCAAAAUGCAUCGAUUUUUUAAGUGGAAGAUCAAUAAAAAUGAGAUAGAUAUUGCACUCAACUGUCUCAAAGUAGUUUCAUCUCAAAGCAAUUUUUCAUUUCAAAACGAUGUGGUUUCCAAACUUUUGAACAUUGUCAGGAAAAAAGAUUUGUGUCGCUGGAACAAACCACCAGGUGACAACUGUGAGAUAUGUUUAAUAAAUCCGAGAAUGUCAUAUUCAAUAGACAGCGAAAUGUUCGUUCAUACAAAAUCAUGUGUGUCUCACAUUAUGGUCUGCAGUGAAUGCGCCAAUAGUCAUUACCUUAACCCAGUUGAGUGUCAUUCUUGCGACGAUGGUCAUCCGCUAACUUCUGGGCAAAAUACAGCCGUAAUUUGCAUCGCUGGCGGGGGGGAAGGAGCAGAUAUCUUCCUAAAUGAUGCAAUUAAAGUUAAACAAACGUUUCAAGACAUGUUUAAUUCACCCGACAAAUACCAUUUUCUAAUCAAACCAAAUGAAGAAACAUAUCAGAAAAGAUUAAAGCGUGAAAUUGAAGGGAUUAACGAAAAUGAAGAUAUAUCCACCUUAAUAUUUUUCUAUUCAGGACACGGGUCGCCAGAAAAGCUAGAGCCUUCUAACAAAGAAGUAAUCACAAAAGACAAAUUUGAAACAUACCUUAAGAGGUUGCAUUAUGUCAGUAAGGUGUUCUCUUAUUUUGACUGUUGCUUUCCAUUUACAAUCAACGGGAGUAUGCAAAAGAGUGACUCUGAGAAAAGCUCUGUGAAAAGCUCUGAGAAAAACUUUAAGAAAAGCUCUGAGAAAAGCUCUAAGAAAAGCUCUGUGAAAAGCUUUCAAUACAAGGCAGCCACCAAUUCCACUGCGUGUAGUGUUUUGGAGGAAAUGAAACAGAGUGUCUUUACAACGCUUUUUCUGCAAGCAUUGAAGCUGAAUACGGAAAAAAUAAAUUGCUUCCAUGUAAAAGAUUGUAAAGUUUGCAUUCGAUAUAAAGAAAAGUUCAUGGAUAAGCUUUGCUACGUAGACUCUGACGACAUUUUCAGUUAUAUAGAAGAUCAUAGAGUCCAAGGCGUGGACUUUACUCCUUCAAAGGCAACGACAGGGGGUGAAGUAAUAAAGGAAGAUAGGCUGUUUGUUCCAGCAAAUAAACUUGUUAAAUUGCAAGUGCGGUUGAUAUUGCCUAAACAAAACAUAGAGAGAGAUGAAUUAAACAGCGAUGAAUAUAGAUAUGUCAACCCCAGAUUGGAAUUUAAUGACAUACGCAUUGGUCUAUUCAAAGACAUGUUCGGAAAAGAUAUCGGAGAAGACUUACACGAAUACGCAGAUGUCUUGUCUAUUAAAGUUGCAGCGACAGGCAAUGAAUGUUUGAGUAGUAAGGAUUUGUUUGAGAUUUGGACCUCAAAGCGGCUUGUUGAUGUUUCCCUUCGCAAGAACGACGAUAUUGAAGAAGGCCGUAUUGGAAUAUUCAUAGAAGUAGACGAACAAAAAAAACACCAAGAUGGAAUUGAAUUGGUUCUCCAACAUUUGUUUAAUAGUUCGUAUGACUUAAGGCACACGUCUGAUAACAAAAAAACAUUAACAUUAACGUGUUGUGAUUUCUGCAAGUAUGUUGAAUUGGGAAGUCCUUUCCAUGACCUUUCAUCGUACUUGAAACAAAGAGAUGAUUUCGAACAGACCAGUAUUACACUGACUGUUCCAUACAACUAUUGUAAAUUCGUUUGUUUCGAACUGAAAAAUUGGAAGCGUUGAAAGAAAAACACGAAACGGUAUUUUCUACGGCCUUUUCUUUGGCAACAUAUUUUGAGCAAAAUAAAAGAAUGCCACAUCGGUAAUAAAAAGAGUCUGCGGCAAAAAGUCCUUUUUGUCUGGUUUAGCAAUUCGGAUGCUGGGGGUCCGGUUGACUGAAAUAGGUGUGCAUGCUAUACGGCUAUCUAGUGACAGACAAUGAAAAUGAAAGAAAAUUUAAUUUAAUGAUGAUGAUAUGUAUGGUAUACAUUGAGCUCUGUUUUUAUACAUAUGAGAAUGUUUAUGAAUGUAGAUGUAAAGAUGUUGUGUAUGUUUAAAGAUGAUGAUGAUGAUGAUGAUGAUGAUGAUGAUGAUGAUGAUGAC